AUGAGUGAGGAUUCAAAACAUUCUUCGAGAAAUAAAGAACUACAAUUAAACACCGAUGAUCUGGAAAACAAUUUAUCAUUAACAGAAGCUGAUAGUCCCCAAAAUGGCGCUAAUUCUGCUUUUAAAAUUUCAUUAAAGUCUCCAAGUAAUGGUGAUGGUGAUUCUGAUAUUCAGGUAAAAUUAUUUGUUAAUGAUUCUUCCAAUACCAGGGAAAAAUGUAUUGGAGAAGCUGCGAUGGCAUCAUUUUCUGGAUUAUCGAAAGAAGAACUACUUAAAUAUGCCAACGAUCCUUUUUGGAUUAAAAUGCGAUUACUGCUUUUUGUAUUUUUUUGGAUUGUCUGGAUAGCAAUGUUUAUCGGUGCUGUUGCUAUCAUUGUACUGGCUCCUCCUUGCGAACUUCCAAAACCUCCGAAAUGGUACGAGAAAGGCCCACUUUAUGAACUUGAUGCAGAAAAAUUUGUGGCUGAUGAAAAACCACAAAAUAUUUUACAAUCACUGAAAUCCAAAUUAGAUUAUUUGUCUGAUUUGAAAAUAUCUGGUUUAAUUUUAUCACCGAUAUUUCACUCUGAAGAAAAAGAUGAAAGCGUUUUGGACUUUACAUCAUUAAAUGAAAACAUGGGUACAUUUAAUGAUUUUGAAGAAUUAAUUAAAGAAGCAGAAGAUAAGAAAAUCAGUAUUGUACUCACUUUUAUACCGAAUCAUUCAAGCAACAAACACAUUUGGUUCAAUAAUUCUAUUGCUAAAAAAGCUCCUUAUGAUGAUUAUUAUAUUUGGGCACCUGCAUCCGGAAUUACUUCAAACGGUUCGAAAAUUCCUCCCAACAACUGGUUAAGCGUAAAUGGUGGAUCUGCUUGGGAAUGGGUAGAAGAGAGACAAGAGUUUUACCUUCAUCAAUUUGAUAUCGAUCAACCUGAUUUGAAUUAUCACAAUCCUGACGUUAUAAAAGAAUUGGAUAAAAUCUUUACCUUUUGGUUGGAAAAAGGUGUAAAAGGUUUCAACUUAGAUAAGGUUCAGUACCUUUUAGAAGAUAAAAAGUUGCAAAACGAAAUCCCAAAUGGAAAACCUGGAGUCGUUCAUACCCAGUAUGAAUUUUAUUCUCAUUUUAAAACUCAUAACAUCCCAGAAGUUGGCAAUAUAUUGGCAGAGUGGAGAAAAAAAAUCAAAAUGAAAACAGAUGAUGGAGUAUUGAUUAUUACUGGUGAUGUUCCCAUACCGACAGACAGUAAUUCUACAACUGUUUAUGUUGACAUUAGUAGAAGUGAAAAACUUUUAAAAAAUUUAAAAAAAGAUUUCACAGCAAAUGAUUUACAUUCUCAACUUUCUACAUUCGCUGAAAAACAAUGGUCGGCUGUGCAGUUGGGAGAUCGUUACAUGAAAAGAGUUUCCGAUUUGCUCGGUGAAAAAGUAAUAGAUGGACUAAAUAUGAUCAUACUUCUUUUACCUGCUACUCCAAUUGUAUAUUUUGGAGAAGAGUUAGGUUUAUCAGAGAGGACACCUUUCAGUUGGGGAGAAGGAGAAUUUGGAGUUGCUGGUCAAAAAUUAGCAAACGAGAGUCAUUAUAAAGUAUUUAAGGCUUUGGUUAAUGUCAGAGAGUCACAAUCAGUAUUAUAUGGAGCUACAAAUUUAACUGUCGUGAAUGAUAGCGUCCUUGUCCUGACUCGUAUCAAGCUGGGUAAUCCCGGGUUCAUGGUUGCUUUUAAUCCAUCACCAAAUGACAUAACCGUUGAUUUAUCACAAAUGGAUUUCAUCCCCGGGGAUUUGAUGAUUUUUGCCAAAAGUGUGAACAGCGGUUUACAAAAUGCAACCGAACAAGAUAAAAUGAAAAGCCACGAAGUAUUUUUAUCGUCGAAAACUUCCAUCGCAUUUAAAUUCGCUCCGAAAACAGAAGAAUAA